AUGAAACUCAAAAAAUUGAAAGUCGAUAGUGAAGCUCCCGUUCAACCGGAACCAGUUGUUCCUCCUCAAGCAGAAAUAAUUGAGGCAGAUUUAUACAAGAGAACUUAUUUCGGUCCCGAUGUACCUACGUUGGAACUAGAUUGCUGGGAAGAGGAGUUGUCAGAAGUACAGCUACAAGCAUAUAAAAAUGCCGAUGAAGAGUAUAAAAGUAUUCAAAACAAGUUGGAUGAUAUAGUUAAGAGCACUGGUGGUGAAAUAGUCUACAAUGGUGACCAAUUCACUGCCUACCAACUUUUAGGAAAGCAACCUGUGCUGAAAGAUUUGGAAAGGCAGAGUGCAGAGAUUAUUCGUUCAAGGUCUCGCUCUCUUUCUAUUAGUAAAGAAGCAGCACCCAAAACUGGAAGGAGAGGUCGCCCACGAAAAGUACGCGAAGAAGACUAUGAUUACUCCCCAGCUUCUGAUCGGACCAAGUCACCUGAACUACGACAUAAGAAGAAAAAGAAGGAUAAAGACAAAUAUAAGGAGAAAGAAAAAGAUAAGGACAAAGAUAAGGAAAGCACAAAAACAAAGGAUAAAACCCUUGCCCCAUCAAAUGUCCACAGUGUUGUGACAAAUGUUCGGCCAUCCGAGAAUACGGCCAUUGGCGGAUUGCUGACCGGUAGUGCCACUAAAUCUACUACAAUCGUCGACCUUACUAAGGAGGAGAGCAAUAAAAAUGUUGCUGACUCCCGUGAGGUGUCAUUUAACAAGUUGCAGGGCAAGACGUUCCCGUCGCUGGUGGUGGUGGCGCGGCCGUACCUGCGCGCGAAGGAGGCGCCCCCCGCCGCGGACCGCGCUGCGCUGGACAGCAAGGUCAAGUCGGUGCUCAUCCACACGCCCAUGAAGUUCACCGAGUGGCUCAUCCAGCAGGGACUGGUGCGCUGCGAGCAGUGGUGUCUGCUCCACCCGCAAAACAAGCUCAAACUGGGUAUGUACUCGGACGUGUCGAAGUUCCCGUACUCCGGCGGCUACGUGUGGAUAUCCGAGUGCUGCCCCACGCGCUUCGUGUCUGUGUUCUCCAGCUCGAUCUUCGAGGCGGCCACCUUCCCGCCGAGCGUGCUGCUCAAGCUGAUCUACCACUGGGCGUGCCAGACCAACGUUCAGAACGUGGUGCAGUGGGUCAAGGUGGACAACCUGUACGUGAAGAGCCUGUUCACCUGGCUGCGCGCCGUAUGCACUGCCGCCAUACACCAGCACAUGGGCCUGCUGGGCGGCUCCGGCAAGAAGGUGGAGGUGGGCGUUAUCUCGCUCGGCACCACCAGCCACGACGGCACCCAGAGGCAGGUCAAGGUCGAGGUGCUCGGCGUGCUGGACCCCGUCGACAAGUUGAUCCGCUUGCGCGCCGUCGAGCCGCUGGCCGAAUACGAGAAGAACUACAAGAAACGCUUCCAGAAGAUUUUGGAGCCGCUCAGCACGUGGGUGCACCCCUCCUCUGUGAUCCUCACCGACCUGACGGUGGACAAGGGCACCCUGGUCUCCAUGGGCUUCAAGCACGUGGUGCAGUCCUCGUCGCACUCCGACCAGCCCUCGCGUAACAGCAACGCCAACAUCAUGGAGUACCUGCGCCGCAUCGUGCCCAGAAUGUUCCAGAAUACGCUGUCCUUGCUCUCCAGACAGAUAAUACAGCAGUUCCUGGACGAACUGGUGUGGAGGGAGAGAUUCGGCGUAUCACCUGGACAAGCGUUCGACAACAUAGUGCUGCACAUAUCGGAGCAGACCAAACUGGAGGCUAAAGAUGCUAUUACCGUGCGUCUGAACAAGAUCGCCGCCAACCCAUUCAAGAAUUGGAAGUAUCCCAGCAAGAAAAAAGACAAAUCUGAGCCGGAACCGGAGCCCGAUAUGGGGCGCGGUAAGCGCGGACGAAAGAAGAAGGAGGUGUCACCAGCUCCCCCGCCUAAGAAGAAGAAGAAAGAGAAGAUUGCGGCGACCACGUAUGUAGAUGACGACGACGAUGAAGAGGUGCCGCUGGCGCUGCGGCGCACGAAGAUCAAGCAGGAGAAGACGAAGGAGAGGGAGAAGGAGAAAGAGAAAGACAGAGAGAGGGAGCCGGAGCAGACGCCGCGCGCUCGGCGCAAGAUCGCGCGCUCGUACGUGGACGACGACCUGGACGACGUGCCGCUGAAGAGCAUCAAGCAGGAGGAGACGGUCUCCCUCGAGAGAUACUACUUCGGCCAGUACGGCGGCGCCGCUGAGCCGGCCAGGCUCGCCAUUGCCGUAGAGUGCCCGCUGUGCCGCGCGAUGUUCCACGACGCGUGGACCCUCACGACGCACCUGUUCGAGCACGUGGCGCCGCCCGGCGACGGCCGCGCCCUCUGCCACUACUGCCUCGGCCGCUUCCCCGACCGCGAAGAGCUGCAGCUGCACCUCAAGCACAACCACCCCGUCGACACCAAGUCGCCGGAGCUCUUCACAUACGCCUGCCUCAUUUGCGAGGUGCGCUUCGCGGCGGUGCUGACGCUGGCGUCGCACAUGCAGAAGGCGCACGCGCCCCGCGAGCUGCCGUACGCGUGCGCGGCGUGCGACUUCCGCGCGUCCGCGCACCGCGCCACCCUCGACCACUGCGCCGCCGCGCACGCCGCCUCCGCCCAGCUCCACUGCCCGCACUGCCUCAAGGUAAUCACAGUGUAUGUGGAUGGAUACGAAUUGACAGCGAAUGUGCUGCUGUAUAUCGACCACCUUAAGCAACAUCAAAACAAAGAGCUUGAGGUCAGCUGCAACAGAUGCGUUCUCAAGUUUGUUCACCUUGGCCAGCUGAAGGAACAUCAAGUCAGGGAUCACAUCACAGUAGAAGACGCUAUACCAUUGUGUUCCGAAGAGCAUUUGAUAAAUAAACCCAAGAACAAGGCCCGCCCACCGGUCAAGGACUCCACCAGCCACGGCAUCAGCGACACCUACGAAUCGCUCACCCUCGUGCUGCCCGAUGGACUCCUCUGCAGGGAGUGCGACACGCCCCUGGACAGCGACAAGCAUUUCCUCGGGCUGACGAAGUGCAGCAAGUGCCCGUACGCCACCUCGUGCUACCGCGCCAUGCUGCGCCACAGCGGCUACUGCGCGGGGCAGCACUCGCUCGAGGACGCGCCCCGCCGCGCCCCCUACCGCGCGCACUGCGUCUGCGGCUACGCCACCGACAUAGGAACGGACAUGCUGUCCCAUCUGCUCGUAUGCGAGCGCAAAACUGCGUACAGCUCCGAAGAGGAGGCGCGCGCCAACAUCGCCAAUUCGGACGAAAGUAACUCCAACAAAGCGUCGCAGGAACCAGCGCCAGUUGAAAAUCCGGUCGAAAACAUGGCACCGAUAGCGGAUUACGCUCCCCCGUCCGUUCUCAACACUCAACUGUCUCUGGACGAUCUCGCACCGCCCUCGGUUCUACAGACUGAUCAGCAUGACACCGAGUUAUUGAAAGAUACAUAUGACCGACCACUGGCUACUCCUCGGCACGAAGAGGCACACUACAGUCUUGGAGAUUUUGAACCAUUACCGCAGGAACCUCCCCCACAACCAGACUUUGAACAACUA